GGGAACAGUCGGCUCCUCAUACAGCUGGGCACAACCGAAAUUAGACGUCGGCGGUGGAAGCCGUCUCCGUACGGCGACGCGGUUCCGGCGGGUUUCGCUUCGUUCUCCGGGAGGGAAACCUCUCUUCACGGGGAGUCAGACAGGAUGUCUUUUGUCUCGAGACGGUAGAAGACGUCACCCAUCCAUCCUGCUGGCGGCGGCGGCGGCGCGGCUUGUCUUGGGAGGAAGACGCAACGCCGGGGACGAGAGGCGAGAGACGGCGGGUUUUUGUUACUCCGGGCUGUCUGCUGGAGUCUUAGGUGGCGACGGGUCCGGCCGUCCAUGUUAAACUCAGGGAGAAUGGAGGAGUUUGUGACCGAAGAGGAAGAGCCGUGGUACGACCAACAGGAUCUGGAGCAGGACCUCCACCUGGCAGCAGAGCUGGGGAAAACUCUGCUGGAGAGGAACAAGGAGCUGGAGGACUCCCUGCAGCAGAUGUACAUCACUAAUGAAGAGCAGGUGCAGGAGAUCGAGUACUUGUCGAAGCAGCUGGAGGUUCUUCGGGACAUGAAUGAGCAGCAUGCCAAAGUCUACGAGCAGCUGGAUGGGACCGCCAGAGAACUGGAAAUCACCAACCACACCCUGGUGAUGGACAGCAAGGCCUCGCAGCAAAAGAUAGAGAGGUUAACAGGGACCAUUGAAGUGCUGCAGAACCAGGUGGAGGCUCUCUCAGGGCAGGUGGAGCAGCUUCGCUCGAUGGAGCAGCUCCGAGUUCGGAGGGAGAAGAGAGAACGUCGCAAGACCAUCCACUCCUUCCCGUGCCUGAGGGAGCUCUGCACAGCGCCCAGAUACGAGGAUGGAUUUGUAGUGGGCAGAGUUGAGAGCUUUUCCUUGGAUGCAAAGUGCCAGCCUCUCGAGGAAGAGAACCAGCGUCUGAGGGAGGCGGUAUCUGCCUUGCGCUCAGCAGCCCGGCUGGAGAGAGGACGGCGGGAAGGGGUGGAGAGGGAGUGUCACGUUCUCCUGGGAGAAUUCUCUCGCCUGGAGAUACGGGUGCAGGAUGCCGAGAGUUGCCAGGCGAGGGUGCGCGAACUGGAGGUGGAGCUGCUGGAGUUGCAGCAGCUGCGUCGUGCGCGGACACUCCUUCUGAGUGGCGAGGACGACGGCGUGGCUCUCACCCAGACGCUCCUCAACAGAACCCCGGAGACGGACACGUUCUUGGAGGGGGAGACGGUGGAGACGGGCGGAGGAGUGAGGGAGGAGACGGAGGGCGGGGGAGGGGUGGGAGGCGAGGCCCUCCCUUCAUCCAGCCCCGUGAGGAAAAGCUGCAGCGACACGGCGCUCAACGCCAUCGUGGCCCGGGACGCCUCCGGCAGAAGGCGGGGGAGCUACGCCCUCCACGCCAACAGUGUGAGAAAGAGAGGGAUGUCUAUUCUCAGGGAGGUGGAUGAGCAGUAUCACGCCUUACUGGAGAAAUACGAAGAGUUAUUAGGGAAGUGCAGGCGACAUGAGGAGAGCCUUUGUCACGCCGGUGUCCAGACCUCUCGCCCCGUCUCCCGAGAUCCUUCCAUGAAAGACUGUGCCAUGGGCCCGACUCCGGCACCUCCCCCCACCCCCAGCCAGUCCCCCUCCACCCCGGAGGCUAUUGAGAGCAUCAGCAAACAAGUGGAGGCUGUUGAUAAGCGGCUGGGACAGAACACGCCAGAGUACAAGGCCCUUUUUAAAGAGAUCUUUUCCCGUAUCCAGAAGACCAAGACUGACAUCAAAGCUACCAAAGCCGCUAAAGCGAGCAAGCCUGGCAAGUCCGGCAAGUCUAGUAAACGGUAAUGGCUGGGUUAAAGAGGAAGGCCGUGUGCUUGUUCCGUGUUCAGAGCUUGAAUUUGUGAAGAGGGGUUUAUUUUAUCUUUCUCUGAUAUGAAGCAAGGUUACAGGGGACUCUGCUAGACAGCCCCCCCAUCUUAAAAUGAAUUUCAACCAUAGGGUCGAAUUAGUGUUAAAAUAUUUCACGAUAAGAGUAAAACCUUUCAGGGCACAGAAGACUUGGAUUUGCAUGAAAUUAUACGGAAGAAUCUCAAUUCAGCCACAGUGAAUUUAACUCGCAUCUUAUGAAAUAUGAAAAGAAGUCACUUGACCUAUAUUUAAACAUAACGCCACUCUUAACUCUACUAAUCACCGUUCAUACUCAACAUGUCUUUUCCUCAAAGUCUGCCUGUUUUUACUGAAGAAAUACGAACACUUUAGUCUUCAGAUGCCUUUUGCCACACAAACCACAGAUACAGCCGUCACUUCAGAUUACACCAACCCACAGGAAUAUGGACCCAGAGGACAGCACCGUAUCUCUCAGCAGCCAUACCAGAGCACCAAACACGGAGGUCUCGUGCUAGAAAACUGCAUCUGCUUCAAAAACUUGGGGAAACUGCAUUUUCUAACACGGUGUGUAUAAACCACAAUAGUUUAAUUGACCGUCCUGUACUUGCUAUUGUAAAAUCAUGCUAGACCACAACCCUCCCUAUCUUCAGUGGUCUCAAGAAUACACCUGACACUGGGGCGUCUGGGUGGCGUGGCGGUCUAUUAUGUUGCCUACCAACAUGGGGAUCGCUGAUUCAAAUCCCCGUGUUACCUCCGGCUUGGUCGGGCGUCCCUACACACACAAUUGGCCGU